CUCAAAAUCUCCCUUUCCAUGUUUAAUUAGGAAAAAAAUCUCCGUUUCCAUGUUUAAUUAGGAAAAAAUCUCAACAUAUUUAUUUUCCACCCCUUUAUUUACUCCCAUUUAUUUACUCUAUUUAUAAAUCAACUUAUUUCAUUUCAUCACAAAAUUCUCUUCUCAAUCAAAUUGGCCGUCACUCACACACUAACCGAUCAAUCUCACUUUCUCUCUCCUCUUCCCUUCCCCCAAAAUCAAUUGGAACCCCCUUACAAUUCGUCCCUCCUUCCGAUUUUUCUAGGGUUGUUCUUUAUACUUCUUUAUUCCUUCAAUUAGGGUUCCAAUUUAUUAAACCCCCGAUUUUUUAAUUCUCAAUUUUCUACUUUCUUUUCUUUGAUCGCGAUUUUGUAUUUUGAAUUUGAUCUCGAUUUCAGAUUCAUUCAUAGAAUUUAGAUAGAUCAUCGCAUAAUUAGGGUUUUUUCUUCUUUAAUUUGCCGAAUUUCGGUUUGAUUUUGAAUAAAUUACAGCGUUUUUGUGGAGUUAAAAGAUGGGGACUGCGGAGGGAUUGGUGAUGCAGUUUGGAGUGACGAAGCCGAUUUCCAUGGCGGGACCUGCUCCUGCGGAUUUGAAGAGAACUCGUGAAUUGGAGAAGUUUUUGGUUGAAUCUGGUCUAUACGAAAGCGAAGACGAGGCUGCUAAGAGGGAGGCGGUUUUGGCUCGCCUUAGAGAGCUUGUCAAAGAUUGGGUGAAGCAACUUACUCGCAUAAGAGGGUACACAGAUCAAAUGGUUGAGGAUGCUAAUGCGUUGAUACUCACUUUUGGUUCUUGUCGUUUGGGGGUUAAUGGUCCUGGUGCUGACAUAGAUGCUUUAUGUGUGGGGCCAUCAUAUAUCAGCCGAGAUGAGGAUUUUUUCUACUUUUUCCAUGAUAUUUUGGCGCAAUUGGAGGAAGUUACUGAGCUGCAACCGGUUCCUGAUGCCCAUGUACCUGUGAUGAAAUUUAAAUUUGAUGGGAUCUCUAUUGAUCUUCUGUAUGCAAGUGUUUCUGUCUUGGUUGUACCUGAAGAUUUGGAUAUCUCCCAUGUUUCGGUGCUAUACAAUGUUGAUGAAGCUACUGUUCGAAGUCUAAAUGGAUGUAGGGUUGCAGAUCAAAUUCUUAAGCUAGUUCCUAACGUUCAGCAUUUUCGCACUACACUUCGGUGUCUCAAGUUUUGGGCUAGAAGAAGGGGCGUUUACUCAAAUGUGACUGGGUUUCUUGGUGGUGUAAAUUGGGCAAUUCUUGUUGCUCGAGUAUGUCAGCUUUACCCAAAUGCAGUGCCUAGUAUGCUGGUUUCUCGGUUUUUUAGAGUCUAUACCCAAUGGCGUUGGCCCAACCCUGUGAUGCUUUGUGAAAUUGAAGAGGAUGAGCUUGGAUUUCCUGUUUGGGAUCCUCGUAGGAAUCACCGAGAUCGUACACACCACAUGCCUAUCAUCACACCUGCAUAUCCUUGCAUGAAUUCUAGCUACAACGUUUCACCAAGUACUCUCAGAGUAAUGAUCGAACAGCUUGAUCAUGGUAACAAAAUCUGUCAGGAUAUUGAGCUCAAUAAGGCACGUUGGAGUUCUCUCUUUGAGCAGUAUAUGUUCUUUGAGAUCUAUAAAAACUAUCUGCAAGUUGACAUAAUUGCAGCUGGCGCCGAUGAUUUGCGUGCUUGGAGAGGUUGGGUGGAAUCCCGGCUUAGGCAGUUGACUUUGAUGAUAGAGCGUGAUACUCUUGGGAAACUGCAGUGCCAUCCCUAUCCACAUGUCUUGUUUGAUCCAUCUCGGCAGUGUGCUCAUUGUGCAUUCUUUAUGGGCUUGCAAAGGAAGCAAGGAGAGGUUGCUCAGGAGGGACAACAGUUUGAUAUACGUACAGCAGUUGAUGAGUUUAGGGACUCGAUAAACAUGUACAAUUACUGGAAGCCAGGGAUGGAUAUAUGUGUGUCCCAUAUCCGUAGAAGGCUACUUCCAGCUUUUGUCUAUCCAGAGGGUUACAAGCGUCCUCGACCAUCAAGGACUCUAGGUGAUCGGCAAGUACGAAGUUCAAGUAGUUCAAGUCCUGAAAAUAAUUGUAGCAGACCUCUUAAAAGAAAAUGUUCUGUUGAGGAUGUACCUAGGCAGCUUGGGAAACAACAGUCUCUUAGCCCAGGUGGGGCUUCAGUUUCUCCUGAUUCAGUGCUUCAGAAUUUUGGGUCUCCAUUGCCGGAGAGUGUGGGAUCUGCUGAGUGUGAUGUUACACCUGUGGCAGACAGGGGUUCACCACCAAGGAUGGUAGCACAGCAUGAAUUGUCAAAGAAGGAUUUGGUGUUGAACAAUAAUGCAGAAGAUUUAGGGAUGGCCGCUCCACUCAGUGAUGUUUUAGUUACAGACAAUUCCGGUAUUACAAGUUGCAGUUCAGAAGGAAGUGUUGACCAGGGUGUGAUUUCGAUUCCUUCGUUUGAGGCAGUUUCUGGCUUGCUCACCAAGGAUGUUGGUUUGAAGGACAAUAUAGCUUUGCGAGAUGGAUCUGAGACACAUGGAAUUGAUGGCGUGACACUGAAGGCAAACACCAAAGCAGACGCUGGAAAAAUACAAGACUUGAGGCUAAGUCUUGCUUCAAUUGCUUGAAGCGGCUUGGAAGAAUUUGAAGAACAGAUGCAGAAACCUGGAAUCACAUCACUGUGCUUCUGGCUCAAGUACUGGGGGGGAGAGAAAGCCAGUUUCUCGGGUAAGUGUAAUAUUCUGGCUUCCUUCCCUUUGACUGUUUCAGGUUUGCUUGUGGAAUAUUUGGUUGCUCAAUACCGUAGAGUGGAGGACAUCUUGAAGACAGAUCCCACUUCUGGCCUGUAGUUAUAUUUGUACAUUUAGUUUUAGGCUAUUUGACUUUCAUUUGACAGCAGAAGUUGGGAUUUUAAGAAACAUCAAAAGAAAAAAAUAUAUAAGAAAAAGAAGAGAUCGUGAUGAGAGAGAGAGAGAGAGAGGCAGGGAGGGAGGGAGAGAGAGAGAGGCAGGAAGGGAGGGAGAGAGAAAGGAACAACAGUACAACACCAAGCAGAAACCGAGUAAUCAUUGACAUUUCUUGGUGUGAUGAUGGUGGCCUCUUAACCUGGUGGAACAAUCUGUGCUGCCCCGCCUGCCUUAUUUGGGAGGUUUUGAGGUGCUGCUAGUUGAUUCAGCUCUGGCCUGCCUGUUGCGCUGCAAGAUCGCCGUGUACAUUCUUGAUUGGAAGAGCACCUAGGGUUUAAAUGUGUAAUUCUUUGUGUAUCUCUGAAAGGUAGUUUUGGGCGGUUGGGGUGGGGUGUUGGGGUUGGUGCUAUGGUUAGGUAGUAACAUGAUGUGUGGUUUUAUUGGAAUGAAAACAGCUUCUCCUUGUAAAUUUUUUUGACAGAUUUCAUUGCUAAUGAAAAAUGUCAAUUCUUGUCC